ACUAUAAUACACGACCGGAGAGUCUGCGACUCUGGAACUUACACUCACUUUCGGUUAGACCAGCUCGACCAAACUUCAACUAACCAAACAACUCCUUGCUUCGUCCAUUGAUAGCAAGCUUCUUUGUCCAAAAUCGGCCGCGUGCCAUUUGCUCCAGAUGUGUGUGCCGGUUUAGUUUGCUAUUCUUUCUUACAUAGCAACUCAUCCUGGCGAACACAUCCAGACGCCAGGCAUCUUCGAUCUGGGGAAGGCUACGUGGGACCUUGUCAAUAUGUAUCCGACCAUAGUAUCGCUUCAGCUUUUAUUAUGGAUAACUGGUAUACACGCCGCCGUACCAUAUCUCCCUCGACGCCAUGAUUCGAGCAAUUAUGGAGGACUAGAGGCACGAGACUCUCCAGAUGAACAAAUCCCAGACAAGACCGCUGGAGAUUUCGGUUUUAUCACAUUUAAACUAGAACAAAGGCCAUCAGGUUCUGAAUCGAGCCUCCCAGACAGAGUUUCAAGGGCUAUACAGAACCUAGCCUCGAAGUACGGAUCUGAAGUGCCGACCCGGUCUCUUCACAAUCGAGAAAAUGAUUUCAAGAUAUCUAGUGCCGUCGAUCCUCAGACAAGCAAUGCUGUGGGUAUUGACCAAGACGGAACGGAUUACUCGUAUUUCAUAGAAGCCGACUUUGGUUCGGAAGGGAAAUCGUUGUACAUGCUGGUCGACACGGGAGCAAGUACAACCUGGGUUAUGGGUUCGGGCUGCACGUCCGAGGCCUGUACCCAACAUAACACUUUUGGACCGAACGAUUCCAACACAUACAAGGACACUGGAGAAAACUAUUCUGUUCAGUAUGGCUCGGGCGAGGUGAGUGGGCAUGUCGUAUCCGACAGCAUAUCCAUCGCCGGAUUAGAAGUAUCGAUGUCUUUUGGCGUUGCGAAUGUCACCUCAGACCAGUUCUCCCAAUUUCCAUUCGAGGGUAUUUUGGGACUUUCGAUGACUCCGGGCACAUGGCUUACGUACGUUAAAGAUGCCAAGUUGAUUAAUGCCAAUGUCUUUGGGGUUUCGCUUGCUAGAAACGCGGACGGUACAAAUGAUGGAGAAAUUGCUUUCGGGGCCCCUAAUAAGGCCAAGUUUAAGGAUGACAUCUCGUACACUCCCAUUCAGUCUGGAAACAGUUGGGCUAUCCCGAUGGACGAUGUGUUGUAUGAUGGUAAAUCAGCUUCCGUCAAGGGCAGACAGGCUUAUAUUGACACCGGCACGACAUUUGUUUUCGGACCUCCCGACGACGUCAAGGCGUUCUAUGCGUUGGUUCCAGGGUCCACGACCACUGACAAAGGUCAGACUUACACUGUUCCAUGCGACAGCGAUGCUUCAGUUGCAUUUAGCUUUUCAGGUCAGAUAUGGAAUGCUUCUGCGAAGGAUUUCAUUUCGGCGCCAAAUGGUGAUGGAGUCUGUGUCGGCAACGUGUACGGCAUGGAAUUUGUGCCCGGUGCAUGGCUUCUGGGGGAUAUGUUCCUGAAGAAUGUCUACAGCGUGUUUGAUCUAGACCAGAAGCGAAUUGGAUUUGCCGCUAAAGCAGCUUCAGCUUCUCCAACCAGCAGCGAUAGUUCGAGUGCAACAUCAUCAUCGUCUACUACUACGGGGACAUCGACAACAACCCGCAUCACGGCGGCCUCAUCAACGGCCUCGACUGAUUCCGGUAUGGGCCUUAUCCCCCACGAGACGCCAGCCGCCGGUACUUCAGACAGUUCGGCGACAGACACGGCACCAGGCAGCUCACCCUCCAACGAAUCAUCCGGGGAGAGAUUGCAGGGGACAGGCAUAUAUGCCUCCUUGGCUUGUAUUCUCUUGGCUAUUGGCAUGCUUGUUUGAUUUGAAAUGCGGUUUUAAGUCCUUCAUGG